UGGUACUUAGUAGAGGGCGGUUCAAUGGCGGCAAUAACAAGUCAGGGUUCUCUCCCAAGGUCGUCCUGGGACACCCCGUAGUUCACCAGGGAGGACUUAAAGAGCUAUAGAUACGGUGUUAGGGUGGAUAACUCAUAUGUGGUGUCUGACUAGGCUUUACUCUUGAGCUUUGGUACCUCACCAUAUCUCUUAAAUCUUUUCAUAGAUUGCCACACUGAAGCAGAAGAACGAUUCUUAUGCUAAAUAUGCGUUGUUUACACAAAUCGAAAAGAGUUUCGUGGGCCUCAGAUUUAGAUCUUUGUCAGGUUAGAUUAUUUUUAUCAGAGGAAUGUCCUUCACAAGUUGGGUUAAAUGCUCAAGAUCACCUCCAAGCAAAGACAUCGUUACUGUCGCAUCCAGGAGGGGCAGGUUCUGAUGACAUUCUACCUCCUGGCUUUGAUGGAACUGAAUCCUCAAGUCAGACGCAGAUAAAGCUCUCCCAGAUUCCAGUGAUUAAAUGGACCAAUCCGCUUAAGAUUGUGCUUGAUCUCACAUGGCAAGUGGUGGCUGGGGAAGAAAGCAAAGAGGUAGAGGAUCAGAAUCAGAGAGAGAUGAAAGUACUCGAAGCUAUUUAUCCCCGCCCGUCUUCCAUUCCUCCAAACCCCUCUGUCUCAAUGGAUGCAGAAGACUCCCUUUGCAAUGAUGAUCAUACUGCUUUGAUACCAAUUACACCAAUUGAAGAUGAGGAUUCCACAGUAGAGGCAUCAUAUGGAGCGCCGCUUAGUUCACAGCCUCUCUUGUUCGUUGCUGGAGUACCCAAGGGUUCUAACCCUCCUUCAAUUGCGCAAUUACCUCAUGUAGUAGAAUCUGAGGCUGCUGAAGCAUCUAUAGCUUUAAGCCACAUCAUGAAGAAUAAUGAACAUGGAAUUACGAUUGACCACGAAUUACUGAAUAAAGUUCUCAGCAACCCAGAGGUGAUUGAAAAGUUGGUUAGAGAUUAUGGAAAUACAAAUAACUCACGACAUACAUUCAAUGCUAGCUCAUCUUUGGUGACUUCACGUCUACCCAUUCCUCUGAAUCAAGCUGAAGCCAGUACGCCUUCAUUUGGUGCCUUAUCAGCCAGCCCUUCCUAUACCGCUCAGAUGGGGGUUGGAGUGGGACCCGUUCCUCCUCAACAGGUCCCUCCUCCUGUAGUGAGUCUUGGAGCUCCUCCAGCAAAGGAUGUGAACUACUAUAAAAGCCUAAUUCAGCAACAUGGUGGAGAAAAACAAGAGACUCUACCUUAUCUGAAUAACAUUAGGCAGCCCGUUGGAAACCAGGAGACAACGCACAAUUCUAGAUUAAGGGAACCAAAACCCAAGAUAAUGAAGCCUUGUAUCUAUUUCAACAGUUCAAAAGGAUGUCGGAAUGGAGCUAACUGUGCAUAUCAGCAUGAUGUGGCAUUUCAGCCCCGUAGUAGUGCUGUGCCAGGUGUACAAAGUUCAAAGAGAACCAAAAUGGAUAACGAGAUUAGCAGUUGGUUAGACUCUUGAUUUGGCAGGUUGCCGAGCUUUGCUUUUGAUGAGUGGUCAGCUGGUCUUUUGAGACCGCGGUGUUCAGCUUUUUUUUCCGAUUUUGCCAUCUUAUAAUUGAAAAGCUCCGUUGCCCUCUCCUUGAGUGAGAAUAUGCAGGAAUUAUUGUUUUUUCUUCUGUUUUAUUUAUGCUGCAACUGAUUGCGCGUAUCAAUCAUCCGGAAAUAUAUUUACAUAUUUAUUUCUUUUGGUAGUA